AUGUUUGUGCCGUUGGCGGCAGGUGAGGAGUAUGCCCAAUGUCCGGUGCCCAAUGACAAGCAAGUCUCAACUGCCAUUGAACCAGUUGUUGACAGCUCCAGAUAUUUCGUGCUGAAGGUUGUGGACAGGGCGUCAGGCCGACAUGCAUUUGUCGGGCUCGGCUUCAGUGGCGUGGUCGGGGUGUGUUAUCCUAUCCUUUAA